AUGUUAUUCCUACAAUUUUUUUGGUUUUUAAUAUUUUCGUUUACAUUUUGUCGAAGUGAAAUUUGCACUGCUGAAAAUUGUCUAUUACCUAGUUGUCAAUGUCCAGUCAGUAAUGCUAAUCCAACAACAUUCGAUGUUAUUGAACUACCUCAAUUUGUUUUAUUAACUUUUGUCGGUAAUUUAAAUAAAAAUGUUCUCGAUCCAAUUCGAUCAAUUUUAAAUACAACAUAUCGAAAUCCAAAUAAAUGUCCAAUUUCAUCAACAUUUUUCAUUCAUGAUCUACAUACAGAAUAUUGUUUAGUACAACGUCUUUUCGAUAAUCAUCAUGAAAUAGCAAUGACAGCAUCAAGCAAUAAAUGUCCAUUAACAAAUUGUUAUAAUGAAAAUGAUUGGGUUCGUUGGACAAAUGAAGAUUGGCAGCAUGAAAUCGAACAACAACGUAUUAAUAUAGUUCAUCAAGCACAAAUUGAUCAAUCGCAUAUAAAAGGUUUUCGUGUACCACAUUUACAAAUCGAUCAAAAUAGACAUUUAGAUCUCUUACAAAAAUUUCAAUUUCAUUAUGACUCAUCAAUGUUAUUCAAAGCAUCAAAAUUAAUGUGGCCAUUUACACUUAAUUAUCCAGUUAAUUUUACUAAUUGUGUUAAUUGUGAUACAUGGGCGAAACCGUAUGAAGCACUUUGGCAGUUUCCAUUACACGAAUGGAAUUAUCCAAAGGCUAAUACUUCUUGUCGUGCACUAUCUGAUUCAUCAUGUUUACCUACCGAUAAACCGCAUACAGCUGAUCUUCUAUAUAAUUUUCUUAUGCAUAAUUUUAGACGUCAUUCAUCAUUAUCUAUUGGUCGUCGAGCACCAUUUAAUAUUCAAAUUGAUCUUACAUGGCUUUCUCAAAAUAAACAAACACGUCUUCAAGCAUUGAUUCGUUUUAUUGAAUUUAUUACAAAGAGUCCCGAUCAUCGAUAUGUUUAUUUUGUUUCAAUUGAAAAAGCACUUGAAUGGUUUAAAUAUCCACGUGUAUUAAAUGAAAUGCGAGAUUUUUGGCCAUUUAAUUGUAAUGAUAAAAUCUAUGGAUAUAAUUCUGUUUGUUCCGGUACAAAUUCAAAUGAUGAUGAACAAGAAGAUAAAGAAGAAAUAUCUCGAAUUGAAAGUCUCAAAUCUGGGAAUAAAACAAAUCAAACGGAAACUGAAAAUAUUGAUCGUCAAGCAGAAAAAUUGUUUCCAAGUGGUAUUGCUAUACAUGCCACAUGGAUAUUUGUAGUAUUGAUUAUAGGCGUUUAUAUUUAUGAUAAAUAUUUUACUAAGAAGUGA